GGCUGGCCUGUCCUCAUCACCCCAUCCGGCGCCUGCCUGCCCUCCACAGGGCGGCGAAAGGGUGGGCCAGCUUCCCUGAACCCCUGGGAGAACAGGCUGGCGGGGGGAGGGUGGCCAGCGCCAAGAGAUGGGGGGCGGUGGCGGCCACAGAAGAACCUCCAGGAGGUGACCGCCUGCUUUCCAUUAGGGAACCCUGGUCAGCAGUUCCGGCAAGACGGCAGACCUGGGGCUGGCUAUGUGGCUGAGCCUACUGCUGUUGCCCCUGCUGCUGCCUGGGCCCCCGCCCGCCCUCGGCAUGGAGGACGCCUCGUUCCCCCACCUGGGGGAGAGUUCGCAGCCCCCGCCCCGGGCCUGCCCCCGACGCUGCUCCUGCCCCCGGGCUGACACAGUGGACUGUGCUGGCCUGGACCUUCGGGUGUUCCCGGACCACAUCACCAGGGCAGCUCAACACCUCUCCCUGCAGAACAACCAGCUCCAGGAGCUCCCCUACAACGAGCUGUCACGCCUUAGCAGCUUGCGGACCCUCAAUCUCCACAACAACCUCAUCUCCUCCGAGGGCCUGCCUGACGAGGCCUUUGAGUCCCUCACGCAGCUGCAGCACAUCUACGUGGCCCACAACAAGCUCUCUGUGGCCCCCCAGUUUCUGCCCCGCUCCCUCCGUGUCGCUGAUCUGGCUGCUAACGAAGUGACGGAGAUCUUCCCGCUCACCUUUGGGGAGAAGCCUGCGCUCAGGUCCGUGUACCUCCACAACAACCAGCUGAACAACACGGGCCUGCCCCCCGACGCCUUCCAUGGCUCCCAGGCAGUCGUCACCCUCAGUCUCUCCAGCAACCGGCUCAGCUAUGUGCCACCCAGCCUGCCGUCCUCGCUGGAGCGGCUCCACCUGCAGAACAACCUCAUCUCCAAGGUGCCCCGAGGAGCCCUGAGUCGCCAGACCCACCUCCGGGAGCUCUACCUUCAGCACAACCAGCUGACGGACAGCGGCCUGCAUGCCGCCACGUUCAGCAAGCUGCACUGCCUCGAGUACCUGGACCUGUCCCACAACCAGCUGGCCGCGGUGCCUGCCGGCCUGCCGCACACCCUGGCCGUGCUGCACCUGGGCCGCAACCGCAUCCGCCGGGUGGAGGCUGCCCGGCUGCGCGGCCUGCGAGGGCUGCGCUACCUGCUGCUACAGCACAACCAGCUGGGGGCGGCAGGGCUGCCGGCCGGGGCACUGCGGCCGCUGCGGGGCCUGCACACGCUGCACCUCUACGGCAACGGGCUGGACCGCGUGCCCCAGGCGCUGCCCCGCCGCCUGCGGGCCCUGGUGCUGCCCCACAACCGCGUGACCACGCUGGGUGCCCGCGAUCUGGCCGCCACGCCCAGUCUGGCUGAGCUCAACCUGGCCUAUAACCGCCUGGCCAGCGCCUGCGUGCACCGCCUGGCCUUCCGCCGGCUGCGGGCCCUGCGCAGCCUCGAUCUGGCCGGCAACCAGCUGACCCUGCUGCCCUCUGGCCUGCCCGCCAGCCUGCGCACCCUGCGGCUGCAGCGAAACCAGCUGCGGGCCCUCGAGCCUGAGCCGCUGGCCGGCCUGGACCAGCUUCAGGAGCUCUGCCUGGCGCAUAACCGGCUGCGUGUGGGUGACAUCGGGCCUGGCACCUGGCAUGAGCUGCAGGCCCUCCAGGUGCUGGACCUCAGCCACAACGAGCUGUCCUUCGUGCCCCCCGACCUGCCUGAGGCCCUCGAGGAGCUGCACCUGCAGGGCAACCGCAUCAGCCACGUGGGCCCCGAAGCCUUCCUCAGCACGCCCCGCCUACGUGCCCUCUUCCUCAGGGCCAACAGGCUUCACGUGACCAGCAUAGCGCCCGAGGCCUUCCUGGGCCUCCCGCACCUUCGCGUGGUGGACACAACGGGUAACCCUGAGCCAGUCCUGGUCCAGCUGCCACCCACAGCCCCACGUCGGCCACGGGCAGGGGGCCCCUGAGCCUGGAGGGGCCCAGCAGAGCAGUCCAGACACCUGGGGCUCUGCUGGGCUGUGGACUAAGGAGACAGCGCCCAACCUGGGGCCUCGAGCUGGCUCUCCCAGGCCUGGAGAGCUGGGCCCGCCUAACCCACGCUGGCC